AUGGCGAAACUGAACCGUGAGAUCACGCUUGCGGCGAACAUUGGCUCGGAAACGCUGCAAGAGGUUAUCUCGACUCACGCGCAGAAGUUCAAUGCAAUCAACGUCGCAACUGCACUCCAUCGACUUUCCCGUUUGCAUCCAUCCAACAACUUGGCAAGAGGCCCACUGGCGCAGAGUACAUCACUUCAAGUGUUGCUGUUGAGAACUCUGGAAGUUCUUCGGCAAACAACCACGGAAUGCGAUUCGAAAGCGGUUUCUACUAUUGCAUAUUCUGUAGCUGGGUUGGGCGUGAGAGAUGUCGAUGUUGCGAAAAGUGUUGUAGAAGCCUCGUUCAACAGGCUGCCGGGUUUGGAUCGUCAAGGUGUGGCAAACCUGACAUGGGCUUUGUCGAAAAUGCCAAAGGUGGAGAAGCGAGCAAGCCUUGCAAGAAAGCUGGCUCUUCUUGCUCACGACCUUGUCUGGGAUUUCCUGCCUCAGGAGCUUUGCAACGUUCUGUGGGCUUUGAGCAAGCUCGGGGUGCGAGACAACAAGCUAAUGUCUUUGGCAAGCGAUGCCGUGCGAGGCAAUCUAGAACGCUUUACACCGCAGGGGCUGUCCACCCUGGCGGCUGCCUUUGCCCGUAUGGGGGUGUUUGUAGAGGCCCUAUUGGAUGAAAUUGGGGAACAGGCUCAGGCAAGGGUCAUGGAGUUCAAUGUUCGCGACGCUGCACAACUUGUCUGGAGUCACGCCAAAUUCAAGCUUUGCCGCGAGACAUUGUUGCAGCUGCUGUGCAACCGUGCGGCUUCUCUUGUUGAAGGAGAAGGUGCUGAGAUUGUCGUCUCCUUCCUCUGGUCCUUCGGCACGCUUCGAUGGGUGCCGAACAAAAGGUUCAUGAAGUCGUUGGCGGCCCGGGCAAUCGCGCUGGUGCCAAAGCUUGGUGCACACCGCAGCGUGCGGUUGCUGACUGCCCUUGCGAAGCUCGCUUUCCACAAAAGCAGCCAGAUGACUUGCCUGACCGAGAGUCUUCAGGAAAGCCUAGAGCUGCUUCAUCCUCGAAUGGGUGCCUCAGAAGUUGGAAUCAGCGCCUGGGCCCUGGCAACUUUGAAGCCGCGAGGCUGGAAAACGCUCCUUGGGAGAUUGGUUUCUCGAGCAUCAGACGACGAAGUGCUGUCUGACUUGAAUUGGUGGUCCAUAGCACACUUGGAGUUUGCCAUCAGGGCUGCGUUGCAGAAGGCGCCCAACUGCAAGCCGCUUGCAGCUGCUCCCGAGUUACUACAACUCUUAACACAUCGAUGCGAAGAGCAAGUCGAACAGAUUCGAGAAGCAAGCCGUACUUUUCACGAUGCCCCUUUGGUUGCUGCUGCAGCUUGCGAGCCUUGGGGGAGGCUCAAGUGUGCAAGUGCAAAAACUGCCCUUGUUUUUGGCCCUGGGCGCCACGUGCGUCGCUCUCUGCAGAGAAGCGGCUUUCAAGUGACACAGUGGUACCGCUAUGCCUUGGGCAUGAAAAAAGCGCAAGCGUGGCCUCCUGCUGGUGUCUUCGAUGCGGCGGCAAUGAAGUAUCCCGACUCUUACGAAGCCUUCGAGUAUGCCUUACAUGCUGUUGCUGCAUCUUUGCCUCUGGGGGCUCCAGCUUGGGUUUACGGAGAUGUGCAAGAAGGGGUUCUCAGCACAACCAAGGCGAUCAAAGGCUUAUUCAAACUGUUAGACAUACAAGAGGAUGGAGAUGCCAGGGUCGUGUUUCUGCAGAGAACCAAUGGGCAGGCACGUACUUGUCUGGAGUCUUGGUUCAAAGAAGACACAGUGACCCUCCUUUCUGCAACUGCUCGCAAGUGGUGGUCCAUGCCAGGUCUCUUUGCCGGUGGCUUUGUAGAUGUGAUGUCGAAGUUUCUGUUGGACACUAUGGAGAAGGUUUGGAACGAGUCCUCCGAGCGGCCAGGAUGGUCCAGCUCGCGGCAAUGCAAAGUACUUGACUUCGCCAGUGGCACCGGUGUACUGGCAGCAGGGCUAUCCUCACUGCUUCCUGGAAAGAAUGAGGUGUGGCUGAUAGAUGCUGAUUCAGUAGCACUGCAGGCUGCCAGCAAGAAUUUACCAAAUGCCCAUGCAGUGUUGGCUGAUGGUUUUAAGGGUGUGCAGACUGCAGACAAACCCCUACAGCCCUGUCAUCUGAUAGUGUCCAAUCCGCCAGUUCAUCAGGGUCAUGCUGACGACUUGCGAGUUUUGAUUGAGCUGCUGGAACAAGCACCUCAUUGGUUGGUUACAGAUGGCGAAAUGUGGCUUGUAACACAGGAGCACAUUCCCACAGGGCGCCUGUUCGAUAUGGCCAGAGGGAUCCACUUGAGGCAAUGCGAGAUUACCACCUAUGCAACAGAGGAUGGUCGUUUCGUCGUAUGGCGGGCAACAUACCAGCUGCCGGCUUCCCGAAAGCGAAAGCAGCUUGAGACCGACACGGUGGAGUGUCAAAGCGCCAAGAAAAGAAGCGAGUUCGUUUUACCUUUUUGGACGGUUAGAUCCGUGUGGGCUCAAGGGUCGGAGGCGCCACCGGAGUAUGAGCUGUGGGUGGACUUCAGAGCUCAGCGCAAUGUCAAGUUAGGAGAGCUGGCAGCGACAUCGCUACUGCAGCCUCCGAAGGUCAAGGAAGACCUGCUCAACUUGGCGAAAGGCCUACAGCAAAAGUUCGACAGCAUCGGUGUUGAGCUUCCCAAGGGAAAGCUGAUAAGUGGUGUCAUGGUCGAUAAGCAAUUCGUGCAGGAGGCUCUUGACGCCGUCCGUGAGAUGCAGGUCCCAGUGUACACUGCCAGUUCAGACCCUCAGGCAGAGUGCUGUGGAAGUUUCGUUCUCUCAGAUUUCGCUCGCCUUAAUAACUUUGCCUGCGCCGAGGCAAAGAGGUGGAGGGUGUCAUGGCCCUAG